UCUUUCCUUCCGUUGAAUUUGUUCCUCUGCCGAGAUCUGGCUGUCUCUCUCUCUCUCUCUUAGUCUUCUCACACAUACUCCCACUUCUCAUACUUGAAUCAAGAAAAAAAAAUUUAGAGGGGUCCAAAUUCUUUAAUCUUUAUUUUUUCCCUUUUUGUUACUUCUUUUUGUGUUUUUUCUUGUGGGGUUUCUGAUUUUGUAUGUAGAGUGGGGCAUCAAUGGACUCCUUUUUGAAAGAGAGAGUGUAAGUUUCUGAGAUCUGGGCAACUACAUUUUCAGAGUAGGAGUAGUUGAGGAAUGAUAUAAAGAUGGGAAGGAAAGGAAGUUGGUUUUCUUCAGUAAAGAAGGUUCUCAGCCCUGAUUCUAAGGUAAAGAAGGCUGAGAAAGCAAACAAAUCGAAGCAGAAAUGUUUUGGGAAAGAAACACCAUCUGUUUCCUAUUCUCCAACUCCAGAUCCUGUUGAAUUGCCUGACCCUCAUCCUCUCCCGCCUGUGGAAGAGGUGAAGGUGACGGAGGUGGAGGAUGAGCAGACAAAACAUGCUUACUCCGUUGCAGUUGCUACAGCUGCAGCUGCUGAAGCAGCUGUAGCUGCUGCACAGGCUGCUGCAGAGGUUGUUCGGCUAACUACAGUGACUCAAUUUGCGGGAAAGUCCAAGGAAGAAGUGGCAGCAAUCAGAAUCCAGACUGCAUUCCGAGGUUAUCUGGCAAGGAGAGCAUUGAGAGCUCUAAGAGGGCUUGUCAGACUGAAAUUACUUGUUGAUGGGCCGACUGCAAAACGUCAGACUUCAAACACUCUCAAAUGCAUGCAGACUCUAUCUCGCGUGCAGUCUCAGAUUCAGUCGAGACGAAUCAGGAUGUUGGAGGAAAAUCGGGCACUUCAGAGACAACUCCUGCAGAAACGCGCUAGAGAGCUGGAGAGCCUGAGAAUGGGAGAGGAAUGGGAUGAUAGUCUUCAAUCAAAAGAGCAAAUCGAGGCGAGCUUGCUGCAGAAGUAUGAAGCUGCAAUGAGGCGAGAAAGAGCUCUAGCUUAUUCAUAUACUCACCAGCAAACAUGGAAGAAAUCAGCAAAACCUACCAACUUAUUGUUUAUGGACCCAACUAAUCCCCAAUGGGGCUGGAGCUGGUUAGAUCGAUGGAUGGCUGCCCAGUCAGGUGAGACUCAAACCGCAGCGGAGAAAGAUCUUAACAGUGACCGUUUAUCUGUCAAAAGUGCUAGCCCAGGAAUUGCUGUGGGAGAAAUCACUAAAUCGUUCGCCCGUCAUCAGCUAAACUCUGACAAUCCAUCUUCACCAGUCAGCCAAAAGCCGCCUUCUAGCCACCUAUCCCCUGCAACUCCCUCUUCAAAGCCGGCAGCAAGAAAAUUGAAACCUGCAAGCCCUAGAGGGAGCACAAUGAUUCAAGAUGACGACUCAAGGAGUGUAGUCAGCGUCGGGAAUAGGCGACACAGCAUUGCUGGUUCAUCAGUAAGAGACGACGAGAGCGUGGCGAGUUUUUCAUCGGUUCCAAGUUACAUGGCACCAACUCGGUCGGCAAAGGCCAAGUCGAAGUUACCAAGUCCAUUGGGGUUGGAAAACGGCACUCCUGAGAAGGGAUCAGCUGGGCUGGCCAAGAAACGGCUUUCUUUUCCACCUUCUCCGGCCCGGACCAGGCGACACUCAGGCCCACCGAAGGUCGACACUAGCUCCAUUACGAACAACGAUGUGAAUGGAGUGCUGAGUUGAAAAUAUUGCCUCUUACCAGAAUGCAGCAGGCAAUAAGCUGUUUGAAUUCAGUGGCAGUCUGGCAGAGAAGAAGAAAGAAACAAAUUAGUUCCCACUUAUACCAAGUGUUCAUUUGAUUUGUGAAGUUCACACUUAUAUAUAUAUAUUUGUUGUUAUUUAUUAAUUGUUGUGAGGGGUUGUUUGGGGUUGAUGUGAUUCAGUCUCGAGUCAGGUCUUAUUAUAGAUUUGCUUUUUUCUGUUCUUCUCUAGUUGUUGUUCAGAUUGUCGUAUUUGGGAACAGUUACUAGAAGGGACUUAAUUGUUGUUGUUUGAGUGAAUCUUUUGAUAUGUUACAAAGUAUUAUAAGAAAUUAUGUGGAUAAUUAAAGUAA